GUUAGCAACACUGUGCAUCCGCCAUAUUUUGUCCUCGCCGGCUGCUAAAUAGAGCAAACACGUUGUCGGUUUUAAGAGGCUAUAUUUGGAACAAAUAUGCCUCCUAGGAAGAAGGAAGAUGAAUCAGAACGCCCCAUUCUACUCGGUAGGGUGGGUACAAACCUUAGAGUUGGAAUCGUUGGACUCCCAAAUGUGGGUAAGUCCACGUUCUUUAACGUGUUGACAGCAAAUCAAGUGCCAGCCGAAAAUUUUCCUUUCUGCACCAUCGAUCCGAACGAAAGCCGUGUACCUGUGCCAGAUUCACGAUUCGACUACCUUUGCGACUACUUCAAGCCUGUCAGUAAAGUGCCAGCGUUUUUGAAUGUCGUGGACAUCGCCGGCCUCGUAAAAGGAGCUAGCGAAGGCCAGGGGCUUGGGAAUGCUUUCUUAUCUCACAUCAGGGCUUGUGAUGCACUUUUCCAUCUGUGUCGUACAUUCGAAGAUGAAAAUGUAACGCAUAUUGAAGGAGAUGUCGACCCGGUCCGGGACUUGGAUAUUAUAAACGAAGAGCUACGUAAGAAGGAUGAAGAAUAUCUAUUGGCCGCCAUCGACAAAAUGGAGCGUACAGUACUACGCGGAGCCGACAAGAAAAUGAAACCAGAAUACGAUAUCCUGAGCAAGAUCCGCGGGGUUAUCUGCGAUGAAAAGAAGCACAUACGAUUCUGCGACUGGAACCAAAAUGAAAUAGAAGUUCUCAACAAACAUCUGUUCAUUACCGCAAAGCCGAUGAUUUACUUAGUCAACUUGGCUGAGAAAGAUUUCAUACGCAAGAAGAAUAAGUGGCUGGUCAAGAUAAAAGAAUGGGUCGAUAAGAAUGACCCGGGAGCAGUGGUUAUACCUUUCAGUGGUGCAUUUGAACACAAGCUGGUUGAUAUGAGCCCAGAAGAAAGGAAGCAGUUUGAAGAACAACAAAAGGCAACCUCCGUCCUGGAUAAGAUAAUUCUGAUGGGCUACAAAGCACUCCAACUGAUGUAUUUCUUCACAGCUGGAAAAGACGAAGUCAAGGCAUGGACCAUACAGAAGUGGACAAAGGCUCCUCAAGCAGCUGGAAAGAUUCACACCGAUUUUGAAAAGGGCUUUAUUAUGGCAGAAGUGAUGAAGUUUGAUGAUUUCAAAGAAGAAGGCUCUGAAGCUGCAGUUAGGGCAGCAGGAAAGUAUCGCCAGCAAGGACGUAACUAUGUGGUGGAAGAUGGGGAUAUCAUCUUCUUUAAGUUCAAUGCUGGAGCUGGCUUACAGACAAAAAAGAAAUAACUGUGUUCAAUUGUUUUUGAGGUGAUGAGGGCAGGCUAGAAGUGAGGCUUUUUAAGUGUUAUGCUGUGUGACAGCUUGUUAGCUUAACGUAACAAACUAAGGCCAUGACAUCUGUACUGUUGUGUUGGACAAAAUUGACGUUUUUUUUUACUUUCCAUCCAUCAAGGUGUUUGAUCAACUUUUGAGCAUGUUUAGUACUAAGGAAUCUGAAGAUCAUGUGCAUUAUGCACAACUGUAAAUUAUCAGUGUCACACUGCAGUAACAAAAGUAAGAAGGCUGAACACAGGGAUGUGUACAUAUCAAAGCUGAAUAAACACCUAACCAGGAUGAAAUAUGCAUUGCAUUUGUUUAAUAAAAACUUAAGACAUCAACACCAA